AUGGAGCCUGAAAUAAACUGCUCUGAAUUUUGUGACAGUUUUCCUGGCCAGGAGCUGGAUCGGAGACCCCUUCAUGAUCUCUGCAGGACAACAAUUACCUCUCCCCAGGACAGCAGCAAUACCAUCUCUUCAGUAUCUCCUGCCCUCUUGGGUAUUGUUUGGACUUUUCUCAGCUGUGGAUUGCUUUUGAUGUUCUUCUUCCUUGCCUUUACAAUUCGCUGCAGGAAGAACAGGAUUGUGAAGAUGUCCAGUCCCAAUCUGAACAUUGUGACCAUAUUGGGCAGUUGUUUGACUUACACUAGUGCUUACCUCUUUGGAAUUCAAGGUGUUUUAGUGGGGAGCUCAAUGGAAACUCUCAUCCAGCUAAGACUGUCCCUGCUGUGCAUUGGGACCUCCCUUGUGUUUGGCCCCAUUCUGGGGAAGAGCUGGCGACUCUACAAGGUGUUUACCCAGCGGGUCCCGGACAAGAGAGUGAUUAUCAAAGACCUGCAGUUGCUGGGGUUGGUGGCAGCCCUAGUGAUGGCUGAUGUGGUCCUGCUUGUGACAUGGGUACUGACCGAUCCUGUCCAGUGCCUGCAGAUCCUUGGUGUCAGCAUGACGGUGACAGGGAGAGAUGUGUCCUGCUCUUUGACCAACACACACUUCUGUGCUUCGCGGUACUCUGAUGUCUGGAUCGCUCUCGUUUUGGGAUGCAAGGGGCUGCUUUUGCUGUACGGCGCCUACCUGGCUGGCCUGACAGACCACGUCAGCUCUCCUCCUGUGAAUCAGUCCCUCGCCAUCAUGGUCGGGGUCCACCUGCUGGUCCUGGCUGCGGGGCUGGCUUUUGUGGUCACCAGAUACUUGCACACCUGGCCCAACCUGGUCUUUGGACUCACAUCUGGAGGCAUCUUUGUCUGCACAACCACAAUCAACUGCUUCGUCUUCGUGCCCCAGCUGAAGCAAUGGAAGGCAUUCGAAGGGGAAAACCAAACAAUCAGACGCAUGGCCAAGUAUUUCAGCACUCCCAGCAAAAGCUUCCAGCCACAGUUUGGUGAGGAGCAGAACUGCCACCCUCGGGCCGAGAAGAGCUCCAUGGAGAGGCUGCUCACGGAGAAAAAUGCUGUGAUUGAAAGCCUGCAGGAGCAAGUGAACAAUGCCAAAGAGAAGCUAGUGAGGCUGAUGUCUGCGGAGUGUGCCUAUGAUUCCCCAGAGUCGGUUGUCCCACCCACUUCCUCCCAGGGCAAAGGGGUCUCCACUGCAGCCUCUGCCCAUGGCAUGGCACAAGGACCCUCAGGAUACUCCUCUGGCCCUCAGAAUGAUGCCAGCAUAGCUGCCCAGGACCCCUGUUGCACUUCAGUCCCUUUCCCACGAAUGCAAAGCCACCAGGUCCCUGAAAGGAACACCAGCCCUUCCCUGGGCCAGGAGAAGAUACCUGACUUGAAAGACUCCUCUGAUCACUUAGAGCUAGGUCAUGGCCAGAAGCCUCAGGCCAAGCAGAGCCAGGGUUCAGAAAGAGAACAAGGACCCCCAGCCCGCAGCCAGGAUCUCAUUCCAAGAAGAGAGGCCUCUAAUCUCCAGAAACAGAGGCAGAGCUCAGAGGAGCCAUCGGAGAAGCUCCCUAGGGUCAGUUCAGUGGUCAGGGAGAAGCUUCAGGAAGUCAUACAAGAGCUGGGUCUGGGCCCCAGGGCUCCACUUCCCAACUCCCUAUCUUGUCCUCGGCAACCCUGGAAGGGCAGUGCUGCCCACAGCCCACAAAAGAUGCCAAUCUCCAGGGAGCUAGGCUUGAGCCCAUACAUAGUGAGGAGGAGGCGGGCAGCUCAGCGGGCUCGUUCACACUUUUCUGGCUCUGUGCUCUCCUAUGUGGGACAUCAGACAGAUCAGACAAUUCCUGGGACACACAGCAGGCUGAAUGUACCCAAUGGGGAUAGCCCCAUGCCAGAUCAUCACACUGCUGCUUUGAAGGUACCAAGGUCUUCUUCCAGGAAGCCUUCACUUCUCCCAGGUCCUCAAGGGAGACCAAACACUGGAGCAGGCAGCAAACGAGGCCAGGCAGAGCCCCAGGGGACCAGGGCAGGCAACAUAGCCUUUCCUCACCAGCCUUCAGUCUCUGCCAGGGCACAGAAACCCACUGUCCCCUGCCUGCCCACCUCAGCAGGCCUGCCCAAGCAGCCACAGCAUCAGCUCCCAGUGUCCUCUGGCUGCCCCUCCCUGUCUUCUCAAUGUAACUACCUUGACACUGAGUCCAGCAGCUCGGAUGAAUUCUUCUGCCACUGCCACAGGCCCUACUGUGAAAUCUGCUUCCAGAGUUCCUCUGACUCUAGUGACAGUGGCACCUCAGAUACUGACCCAGAACCUGCUGCAGGAAUGGCCUCCUGGGAAAAGCUCUGGGCCCACUCCAGCCCCAUCGUGAACUUCAAAGAUGACUUGAGACCCACACUGGUGUGAAAAGCAGCAGAGUUGGCCUUGCCAAAAAGGUCAGUCCAGGUUGAACUGAAGCAAGGCCUUCUAGAAAGAAAAGCAAGGACCUGGCCACUGGGGAGCACUCAGGGCCCUGCAUUCGGCCGGCCCUGACCACGUUUCAGCUGUACGCACUGUAACUCCGAGUACUUCUCAAGCUCUAAGAAGAGGGAUAUUGCUUGUCUCACUACUACCUCAUAGCAUUACUGUCCACAUCUACAGCUGA